AUGGCAACCUCAACGCCUGUCCAACGUAUCUACGACUCAACCCAGUGGGUAGAAUCAGCAGGAUGCAUCCUCUUCGACUUUCGCAAUACAGGCUUUAAUCCUCUCACCGCACCAGUCCCCAGCACUACCACUACCACUACAACUACAACAGCCACACCACCCUCACCCUCACCCAUCUCAGGCCUAGGCUCCCUCCCCACCCCACCCCACCCCACCGAAGAGCCCAAAAUCGUCCUCUUCUACAGUAACCCACGCAACCAGUACCUCCUCCCCAAAGGCCGCCGCAACAUCGGUGAGAGCCGCGCCGACGCCGCACUCCGAGAGACCUUUGAAGAAACAGGCCUGAAAUGCUCCCUAUUACCCGUAACGCUGCACUCACGCGCUACAUCCGUCAACCCCGCCGACGACCGCACAACAGCUGGCGGCUACACCGUCGACGAACCACGGACAUUCACCCGCGCAACCGAACCCUUCAUGUGCAUGGUGCGCCGCUUGAAUUCUCGACGUGGCAGGGACCACACGGCUGCGGACGGGAGUAUAGCGAGGCAAGUCGAGGAGUUUGUGCCGAAACAUGUGGCGGAGUUGGGUGGGGUGGGGGAGGUGACGAAGAUGAUUUGGUGGUAUGUGGGGGUUGUGGAUGAGGAUCAGGGGAGUGAGGAGGAGGUGGAGGGGAGGGUUGUGGAGCCCGGCUGUGAGGUUUGUAGUGUCGGAAUGAGGGAGGCGAUGGACAGGUGUAGUGAUAGGGAUGAUGGGGUGGUUGUGCGGAGGGCGGUUGAGGUUGUGAGUGAGACCUUUGGACUUUGA